AUGGGAUUCUCGAGUUCGGCCUUUUUAGGCCUGAUUGCCAUCCUGGUGGCUACCCUGGGCCCAGCAGUUGUGCAUAUGAUCAAAGUCGGCGGUCCUUUUUUAACGCCAAAGUCAACUGUACUCGGUGUGGGCCAAGGGCCCAUCAUCAUUGAGGAUACCGUUCAUUGCGAAGAUGUGCACUAUUACCGCCCAGCCAACCUGCUGUUCACGGCGUGCGAGGACGUGAAAGAGACCCGCUUCGACUGGUUCCCCGCUCUGGCUCAUUUUGAUGCUAAAGCUGCAGGUCGGGGAUCUAUUCAUGUUGUCGACCCGAAGACCUUCAAAUCCACCCGUCUGACACUCGAAAACUUCAACGGCCCCUUCGUCACCCACGGCAUAGACGUCAUCCCAGACCCCGAACACCCAGCCGCAGUCUACAUCUUCGCCGUCAACCACCUACCAAACCCAGAAUCCACCCCAGACUCACCGUCCAUUCCCACAGCACGCUCUCAAAUCGAGCUCUUCCACCACGUCCUACAUUCUACCUCAGCGCAGCACGUCCGCUCCAUCCGACACCCGCUCAUCCAAACCCCCAACGACAUCUAUGCAGACAGUCCGACCUCCUUCUACGUAACAAACGACCACUUCUACCGCGCCGGUCUCAUGAGACUCGUCGAAGACGUCUGGCCGUCCGCAAAAUGGACCAACAUCAUCCACAUCCAGCUCCAGCAACUACACAACGUCGCCGAUGAAACCGCACACCUGACUGCGUCUAUCGCGCACAGUGGAUUAUGGAAUAACAACGGUCUCGGCCAUGCCCGCUCUGAGUCUGAGGUUGUUAUUGCCAGCACGAUGGGUGGGGAGUUGUGCCUUGCGACGCGGUUCGAGAAUAACACUCUUUCUGUGCAUGAUACUAUCGUCUUUGACACUGUCACUGAUAACCCGAGUUACUAUGUGGAUCCGUACGCGAGUGACGGCGAGGAUGCGAGUGGUUUCGUUGUCGCAGGUGUUUCGCAGGGAUUUUAUCUUCCGCAGACUGGGCGGGAUCCGGACGCGUUGGAGGCGGUGCAGGUUUGGUAUGCGAAGGAGAAGAGGAAGGAGGAGGUUGGAGCUAGUACGGGAGGUUGGGAGAAGAGGUUGUUGUUUGAGGAUGAUGGGAGGAGGAUUCGGAGUGCUAGUGCGGCGGUUUUGGUUCCUGUUGAGCAGCGGGAGGGGGAUGGGUCGGAGGGGAAGAAGGCUUGGUUGUUUGUGACGGGGUUCUUGUCAGAGAGUAUGAUUGCUGUGCUGGUUGAUUUGUAG